AUGAGUCAAAGUUCUGCGGUCACUGACCGGAUCACUAUUUUCGCCUCGGUCGCCGUUCUCGCCCAGACAGGAGUUCCAGCAGCACCGAUACAGCACGAUCAAGGCGAGCGAUCUCAGCAUGAAGACCACUCAACGGGAAGACUCGAGCGACUCGCUCAUCACUUCAUCCGUGGUAACAGCUUUGAUCAACCACGAAAGAGAAAGCGCGGUAUCACCUUCGAACAAGACGACUCGCCGAGACCAGCUGACACGAUCAUGCAGCAUAAAGAUGUACCACUGUUGGAUUUGAGCCUCUUCAGGACGUCGCUCAGUGAUGAACUAUACGGCCGCACGACCCGGCGCGAUCAGCGAUAUUCUCAUCUUAAGGACCUUCCAGCUGAGAUCUUGCUCAUGUCUCUGGAGUAUUGCACCACUGGUGAUGUGGUCAGUAUGCUGCGAACAUGCAUGGCUAUCGAUCGGACGCUAUCGCCACAUCUUGAUUACCUGGGACGGAAGUUCGCCAAUCAACAACGAGAGCGAAUCGAAAGCGGACUGCGAUUGCUCGAUUUUGGCAGUCAAGGUGUAGACAUCCUUACGGCUAUGCAAUACUACGCACAUGCGCUUCAGCUACGCGAGGUACCGGGUUGCCAGUGGAAUUAUCGCGGUUGGAUGCACGACUUUUGCAGAUUGUACGCCAGCUACCUGCCAGGCUCGCACGAACCUAGCAGCCAGAGGCUGGACGGUGUCAUCUAUCUGGUGAAGCGUCUUUUCUGGUACCGCCAGCUUCGCCAGUACGAGGCUUCAGCUCACAGCUACCUUGACGAAAACCUGAGGAGAUACCUAUGGACAUUGGCAGAGCCACACGGCCACUUUCUGACCGGACCUACCGCUUCGCAAGUCUUCAAGCAAGCCACUAUUGAUCGCCUGCUGAGGUCACCAGGUCGCAACGUCACCAGAACCUACCGACACGAAGCCACGUCGCGGGAGCUCUACAGUCUCUUCGGUCGCGCGGGCAACCUGGAUCUACUCAGCUCGAGCGAUAUCGCUCGCGAUACACCGUUGGCUGACUCUCCAUAUCCUUCAUGGACCAAGGCAUUUCACGUUUCCAUGAUUGGAGAUGCUACAUUGAUGCUCCCGGAAUUGCAUGGCUACAUGUACUGCUCGAGAGGAGGACAUAGGCCGGAUAGAUAUGCUCAGUCUGGUACUGCGUCUCGCACGCCCUUGCUCGUGGCUGCUAUUCUGGAGGAUGUCGGGAUGUGCCCUGAGCUCGGGUACUCCCGUACAUAG